AACUUAGACACGAUGUUAACACGCAACAACUUUUUGGCUCUGACAGUCCUUGCCUUAGUCGCGCUAUCCCAAGGAUCUGUGUUGCCGCAAAACCGUGGAGCUGCUGCUGCGGAAAGUGGUAAAGGUGGGCGUAUUGUGGGUGGUCAGGAAGCCUCCAUUGAAAGGCUGCCCUAUCAGGUGUCCGUGCGUUUGGAUACCAAUACCCUGUUGCAUAUCUGUGGUGGAGCCAUCUAUGCUCCACGAGUGAUAGUUACCGCUGCUCAUUGCAUCAAAGGACGUUUUGCCUCAACCAUUCGUAUUGUGGCUGGAAAAUCUUCCAUACUCGAUGACGAUGAGGGAUACAGAGUCAGCAAAUUGAUACAUCACUCCGGUUACAAUAAGAAAACUCAUGCUAAUGAUGUGGGCUUGAUUAUCCUAGCUGAAAAUUUGGCAUACUCUGCCUCCGUUCAACCCAUCCCUUUGGCCUUGGCCAAGCCCAAUAAAGGCGAAACAGCCGUGGUCAGUGGCUGGGGUAAGAGUGAUGAAAAUGCUGCAAGCCUUACCAACCAACUGCAUAUGGCCGAAUUGUCCAUAGUCGAUAGUGAAUACUGCAAUAACCAGUAUGCCUCUAAGAGUUAUGCCAUUACCGAGGAAAUGAUUUGUGCUGGUGUUGAGGAUGCCAGCAAGGAUUCGUGCCAAGGUGAUUCGGGCGGCCCAUUGGUGGUGAAUGGUAAGCUAGUCGGCGUUGUCUCCUGGGGUAUUGGAUGUGCUCGCGAAGGUUUCCCUGGGGUAUAUGCCAGUGUGACCUACCACACUCCCUGGAUAGAGGAAAAUGCCAAACUUUAUGUAUAAAAAGGCAAAAUGAGAAACUGAAAAAGGAAAGGAGGAAGAAAGGGAUGAGGUGAAAAUUCUGGGAUCCAAGAAAACGAACAAAUUUAUCCAAGCCAAAAUGAACAAAUUUGGUCCAUGAAAUUUAGAAAGUUGAAGAAUGCUGGAACACUACAAAAAUUUCAAAAAGGCUGAUUGCAUUAUUCUCUAAUCUUUCAAACUCAUGGACUUGAACAAAUUUUAAACUUUACAUUUGUAUUAUUCUAUACUUUACAAUAUUGUGUUACUUAAUAAAAAUAAUAACUGCAACAUUCAAAUA